CCUUUUCUUGCAACCGGCGACCGACUCGCAUACCUUUUCUUGCUUCAUAUCCUCUGCCUCCACAUCUAUGCCCGUUGGUUACUCACAAGGUCCCAUAGGCGGCACAACAUCCGCUGCAGCCGACACCGGACCCACAUAGUCUUCAUCACCUCCGACCCCGUAGCUUCCGCUUACACCGUUUCUCGGGGUCUUGACGCAUUGGUUCUGAAAGCUCUCCCCAUCUUCGUCUAUUCCUCCGACACACACAAGGAAGUACUGGAAUGCGCUGUGUGCCUAUCUGAGUUCGAGGAGAACGAGAAGGGUCGUCUCCUCCCAAGAUGCAAGCACAGCUUCCAUAUCGAUUGCAUAGAUAUGUGGUUCCACUCUCACUCUACUUGCCCACUUUGCCGAGCACCUGUCCAACCCGAUAUUCCCGCCCCUGCGACUGAAACUCCGGUUGAGGUCGUUAUCCCUGUGAGCGAACCUCCCGAGACAGAAGUCGAGUCGAUAACUAGACUUUACCCAGGGUGUCACCACUAUGAAAAUGAAACAAGUCGCACCUGCAUGUCUUCUUCUUCUUCUCCUCUUCCUCUUCCUCCUUCAGCACCGGCGGAAUCAACGUCUUUAGGGUCCCGAAGGAAGCCAUUGGAGCUGGCGGGUGUUUCAAUUGAGGUGCCUAGAAGGAAAAACGAAGGAUUUAGAGGUGUGGAUGAGGAGGUAGGCUUGGGAUCGCCAACAGGCCAGGGGUUCAAGUCACCGGGAAGUCGGAUUCUAUCGUUAAAGAGAAUAUUGAGCAGAGAUCAAAGAGCUAGACUUUCUUCUCCUGCGGCAAUGAUGCCGGAUUGCAGCUCUACCACACAGAUCGUGGAGAGAUUUAGGAAGAUCCUUUCGGAGCUUGGGCGCGAGCGGAAGGGUAGAGACGCUGCGGAGAAUGCAAAAUCCGAGCUUCAUACCUCGUUCAAUCGCUUGAAGGUGCUCGCGAAUGAGGCAAUCAAGAAGCGCGAUGAGAGUGAGAGGCAGAGGGAGGAAGCGUUGCGUGAGAAGGAAGAACUUUUGAGAUCCAAUGAGAGAAUUUCAGGGGAAUGGCGGAGGCUCUGAGACUUAAACAAAUCAGUUGAGGCAAGGGGACGCUCAUAUGCUUGUCGAGGUUGCUGAGAACUGUGUCGGAAGGGGACAAUGAGGAUGCCGGUUGCUGCUCAUAUGCGAUGUCAAAAGUCCGGCGGUUGAAGCAACCGUCGGAAGGGGACGAUGAAGACGCAGUUCUCAGCAACCGUUGCUGCUCCGACGCUUUCGACACAGUUCUCAGCAACCGUUGAAACUGCGUCGCAUGUUGAAGCAAGACGUCGGAAGGGGACUUUAAUGAAGGGGACGUCGCCAGCACUCUCGGCGGAGGCUCCGACGAGAGUGAUGUUGAAGGGGACGAUGCGAUGUCGAGGUUGCUGCUCAUAUGCUUGUCGAGGUCGCACGUUUCAAGCAUGUACACGUUUUUAGGACGCGUGGCACGCUCUUACGCUGCGCGAGUGAUGCCUUGACUGACAGUGCCUGGACUGAAGCCGAACUAUGAGCAGGAGGAAACUAAGUGGACUUUUGAAAGGGUUUCUGGCAGAAAACGGCAACUUUUUCCCUGAAUAUCA